GUUGGGCGUAGAAAAAUCAUUCCAGACCCAACUGCAACCAGUAGUUUUCGAUGAUGACGGCAUCCCGAUUCCCGAGCUAGACGGAUCCAUCCACGACAUUUUCGAAAACAAUGAUGCCGACGUCGUUGACCCAGACUUGAACGACGACGACGAUAUCCAGUCGAUCCACGAGAUGGGGGCCCCUCAACUAAGAAACGGCGAAAUCGCUCGCAUCGUCGACUUCCGUUCCGCCAACGAGACAGGUCACACAUCCGAGUACUCAUACAACUCAAUCAUCAACACCCACACGGGCAAGUUCAUCGACCAGAUAUGGGCGGGGCCAUGCCAUUGGAAGUUGAAAUUUUUGAGGAGGUCGACAGCUAGAUUCUCUGGUCAGCAGAAGAGCAUAACCUCGACCAAAGAGCACAGGCAAGCUAGGAAGAAAGCCGAGCCGGAAAUGAUCGACUUCACAAAGGAGAUCGACAUCGAUCUGUCCAAGAAGUUGGUCAUCAAGAAGAAACAUCCGACUGCCGAUUUUAAUAAAAUCACGUUACCUCUUUUGGACCAGACUUGCGCUAAAAUGUUAGCCAACAUCAAAGAACUGAUGCUCAAACCGGGAGUUUGUCCUCUGGAGAAAAAAAUCACUACUGGCAGUGAAAACGAACAACUGGAUUAUGAAGUCAGUCCGUACAAGUAUGAGAACCCUAACGAUUCUCAGUAUUGUGCGCAAUCUCAUGAUGAUGAUGACAAUGGGGCUAUGGACGGACCCAUGGAAGACCAUAUAGGAAGUGAUAAUGAAGUGGAAGAACACGUGAACAGGGAACAACAAUGUAACUUGGCUGAUAACUUGGUCGACAAUCCAGAAAUGGUGCCAAAGUCUUACGUGGCUUAUGCCAUGAAAGCUAAACAGAUGGACAUGAAGAGGCUCAAAGCAGCUGUUUGGCACUUUUUGACGAACCCCACCGUUACUCUAAUUGAUCAGGAGACUCAACAGAAGCAAGUGCACUCUACCACAUUCUCGAAAAUGUACAAGGAUCUUCCGAAAUUGCUCCCAGACAAAGAACGCCGGGAGUUAUCCUGUCCGCUGGCAUUCGUGGCUCUCCUCCACUUGUGUAAUGAGAAAAAUUUGGCGCUCGAACAGAUUUCGACAUAUAAAGAUUUCCGCAUACAUGGGCCAAUAGGUUGAUAUCUAGUAAAUAAUCAGUUUCGAAACACUCUGCUCAUUAAAGUUUUGAAUUAGAUGACUAGUUGAAUAUUUAUAGCAGCAUUUGAAAGGUAUCCUGAAAUUCUCCUUUGACGAGAUACAGGGAGUCUGAAAAUUAUUGUAAUUGAACACAUUUUAUGUGCUGAUACUCAUUUUAGAAGCAUAUGAAAUUUCUCGUUAUAGGUCGUCGGCUCCUAUAAUAACGAUCUGAAUACAUUUGCCUAUUUUUAUAUUUUGUACUUUAACAAAAAAAAUACAAACAUGAGAGGUA